UUUGUUUUGGUUUAGUUUUUCAAAUUGUGAUGGGUAAGCAGUGGGUGAAGAUGGGUCUAACAGGCCAGGAAAGGGGAAGAAGAGAGAAGAAAGGAGAAAAGAAAAAACCUUGACUAGAAAAAGUGUACAUACAAGGAGAAACAGAACGAAGACCAUGGAGAAAAGAUGAGUUAGGGUAAAAUUAUGUAUUAGAAAGUUUGAGGACUGAAAAUGGACAAGAAUGCAAAUAUAACAAAUGAAUGAAAAUAAUGGUUAAAAACAGAUCAGGGAAGGAAGGCAAGGCAUAUGGGAAGAGAUGGUGAAAGAAAGAAAGAAAGAAAGAAAGAAAGAAAGAAAGAAAGAAAGAAAGGUGAGAAAUGCCAAGAGAUACAAGAAGAUUUCAUGAAGGGAAAAAUUCUGGGCAAGGGAGACUGUGUGCAACCUUCCCUCUGAACUCCUUGAGCAACCUGAGGAGAGGAGAGUCAGGAGGGAUCCUUUCUUUGCUAGUUCUCUGGAAGAUUUCUUUUUCUCCCCACUCUGACAUUUCCACCAGGCUGAGAAGGAGGUGGAAGGAAGAGAGAGAGAGAGAGAGAGAGAGGAGGGAGUGGGAUCGGGGGCUUUACAGAAACAAAAGGAAACUAGCUGCAGAACUUCCUGAACAGAGGAAGAAAGAGUGAGUGAGUGAUAGUGAAGGAUUGAGAGAGAGAAGGAGAGACCAGGGUCGCGUGCACUAACAAGAUUAUUAAAAAGGAGGGAGAGCAAAGAAGAGGAAAAGGAGGAGGAGGAGGAAGGUUGGGGGCAGAGAUCUCAGCCUGCCUUGGGUUCCAGUCUCCCCCCACCAUGACCAGCGCGCUCUUGAGGCGGAAUUCCAGCAAGCAGGGGCUGCAGAACCUCCUCCGGCUGACAGCACAAUGGAGUGUGGAGGAUGAGGAGGAAGCAGCAAGAGAACGUCGACGAAGGGAACGUGAGAGACAACUCAGGUCCCAGGCAGAAGAAGGCCUCAUCAGCACCAGCACAUCUUCAGAAAGUGGAUUGGCAGUACAAGAAAGCCAGGUUGAUGGAAAGCCUUCCGGGACUUCAGAACUGGAGGAAGAUGAGGGCUUUAGUGACUGGUCCCAGAAACUUGAGCAGCGAAAGCAGAGAUGGGCAGAGAUGGGAGAGGGAGCACAAGAUGGAGAGCGCACAUCUUAUGGUGAAUGGAGAGAAGCCCAACAAGUGGCUCCUGCACACUGGGAAGGAAGGUCACCAAAGCAUUCCUACGAAGAAGAUGGCAAUCUGAGGGGAACAGAAGUCCAACUAGAACAAGUCCAUCUGGGUCAGGAUUCUCCCACCUUUAUCCGGUUUACGCCUGGGCCUUCAAACUUCCUCAAGUUUGUUUCAACUUCUGUAUCACAAGAUCAGCCCGAAGCAGAACUGGAGGGGCAGCAAAAGCUUAUCGAAACAGCAUAUGUUGGAGAGACGAAUGAGGACAUUGCAGACAAGCUUCAGGAUGCCCAAGAAGAGAAUAAGCUUGAAGAAGAGGAGGAGAAGCAAGAGGAAAAGAAAAGAAGAUGGAACGAGGAGGAAGAGGCACCAGAAAAACGACAAAGAGCUCCAAGCACAUCUAGCAAUGAGGAAGAGUGUCAGGUUCCACUAAGUCCUACUAUAAAGAUUACUGACAGAACUGAAUCUCUGAACCGCUCUGUACAGAAAAGUAACAGUGUGAAGAAGACACAGCCACCUCUCCCUGUUUCAAAGAUUGAUGACAAACUUGAACAGUACACACAUGCCAUUGAGACUUCUAGCAAGACCCCGAAGCCAGUGCGUCAGCUUUCUAUUGACCUUCCUACCAACAGUGCUGCAGUUGCCAGCACAAAAAGCCUUUGGGAGACUGGUGAAGUGGUUCAGUCCCCUGUAAAGACAACGGCAUGUAAGGACAUUGUGGCUGGAGACAUUGUGAAUAAGAGAAGCAUUUGGGAGCAGAAAGAUAGCCCAAAGGCAGAUGGAAAUGCAAAGGUGAAACUUCCUGGCAAGAAGUACAAGUAUGUGGCAAUUGGACAUGGCCAGUAUAAAAAGGUGUUGAUCGAAGAUGAGGCAGCAACAGAAAAAUAGCAUACGCAC